AUACCAUAUGGCAGUACACAUAUAUAUAUGUAUUUCAUGCGGUCAGACGCAGUGGUAAACAGUCUCAUACUUCAAACAAAUAGCAUAUAACAAAGUAUUUUAAAUAAAUACUCUAGAUGUAUUAUUCAUACAAUUAGUGGCUUUAUAAAAAUAUAAUAUGAAGACAAGGAAAACUUUAGCCUUUCUUGGAGCAGGAUUACUUUUUGUUUGCUGUUUAAUGACAUAUAUAAUAGUGGAUUUAACAAUUUUUCCUCCUGGACAGGAUAACAAACUAUCUAUGCACGAUAAUCAAUGGCUACAUUUUGAAAGUAGAUUAGCAAAAUUAGAAAAAGAUUUUAAUAAACAUCAUGAAGCUAUGAAUGCUCUUCAAGAAGCUGCAAAAAUAAAGCGAAACUUAGUACCAGUAAUAAAACCAUUAAAUAAUCAUGAACAAUCGGGUCCAAUCCAAAAUCAUAUAGAAAAAUUAUCGAAAUGCAAUUUUAAUAUAAAUCGAACACCAGAAGUUGAUAUACAAAUGUUAGACUUAUAUAAAAUAUUGGAUUUUGAUAAUCCAGAUGGUGGAGUUUGGAAACAAGGAUGGAAUAUCAAGUAUAAUAAAGAACAAUGGCAUCGUAACAGGAAGUUGAAGGUCUUUGUUAUUCCACAUUCGCACAAUGAUCCAGGAUGGUUGAAUACAUUUGAAAAAUAUUAUACUUCUCAAACGAGAAAUAUAUUAAAUAAUAUGGUAACAAAAUUAGCAGAAGACAAACGGCGUAAAUUUAUCUGGGCAGAAGUUUCGUUUUUUAAGUUGUGGUGGGAUGAACAAUCAAAGGUAACACGUGAUUUAGUCAGGAGCUUGAUUCAUGACGGUCAAUUAGAAAUAGUAUCAGGUGGAUGGGUUAUGCCAGAUGAAUCUGUCUCUCACUGGAUUGCUCAACUUACUCAACUAACAGAAGGACAUCAAUGGUUAAAGUAUAAUUUAGAUUAUGUAUCAAAUUCAGGAUGGGCAAUUGAUCCAUUUGGACUUUCCCCAACUAUGCCAUAUUUAUUAAAAGGAGCUGGAUUAAAUAAUUUGCUUAUACAAAGAGUUCAUUAUUCGGUUAAAAAAAGAUUGGCUAAAGAAAAAAAUUUAGAAUUUCGAUGGAGACAAUUGUGGGACAAUGAUGGCUCAACAGAAUUGUUUACUCAUAUGAUGCCAUUUUAUAGUUAUGAUAUACCUCAUACAUGUGGACCAGAUCCAAAAAUAUGUUGUCAAUUUGAUUUUUAUAGACUUCCUAAUUUUGGUUUGACAUGUCCAUGGAAAGUAAAUCCACGAGCCAUAACAAAAGCAAAUGUAAUAGAAAGAGCAAUGCUGCUAUUAGAUCAAUACCGUAAAAAGUCUCAGCUUUUUAAAACUAAUGUAUUAUUAGUACCAUUGGGAGAUGACUUUAGAUAUACGCAUGUUACUGAAUGGGAUGCUCAGUUCAAUAACUAUCAAUAUCUUUUUGAUUAUUUAAAUCAAAAUCAACAAUUAAAUGUUGAAAUACAAUUUGGAACAUUGAGUGAUUAUUUUGAUGCUGUAAGAGAUAAACAUAAUUUAGAAGAUUUCCCUACUUUAUCUGGAGAUUUUUUUACUUAUUCUGAUAGGGAUGAUCAUUAUUGGAGUGGUUAUUACACAUCAAGACCUUUCCAUAAACGAUUAGAUCGUGUAUUAUUAGGUUCCUUAAGAGCAUCUGAAAUCUUGUCUACAAUAGCAUGGGCUAAAGGGAUUUAUCAUCUAGCUGAAGGAAACAUAGCUCUUCGAUUGAGUAAUGCCAGAAUGUGGCAUUCCUUAUUUCAACAUCAUGAUGGUGUUAGUGGAACAGCUAGAGAUAAUGUAGUUAUAGAUUAUGCUCAAAAAAUGAUAUUAGCCUUAAAUAAUACUGCACAUGUACUCCAACAAUCUGUUAUGCAUUUACUAAAAACUUCUGAAGGAUCCACAAUUGAUCAAGAAGUCCACUACCUUUCAUUGGAUGAGACUAGGUCACAUCAUACUAGUCCUGGUGAAAAACAUAUACUUAUACUGGGAGAUGAAAGUCCCAAAAGGAAAGUAGUGUUAUACAAUCCCUAUUCAAGACAAAGAAGAAAAAUACAAACUUUAAUUGUCUCAACACCUUUCGUUAAAGUUACGGAUCAUACCGGACAAUUAGUAAAAUCUCAGAUAUCGCCAGUUUGGGUUGGACCUGGUGCACUAUCAGCUGCCAGAUAUGAAUUAUCUUUUCUAGUAACUGUACCAGGCUUUGGACUUACUACAUAUAUAAUACAUGCUCUUCGUCAGCAAAUAUUUCCUCCAGAUGUUUAUGUAGCAAAUGUCACAGUUUUCAAUACCGAUAUACCAGUUUCAAUAGUGCCUGGUUUUUCUCAUAUGCAAGUACAACCUCUUGCACAAGAAUUUUCUAUAUCUCAAAAAGUUGAACUAUCUGCGUCAUUUGGAAAAUCUGGUUUCUUAAAAGCUUUAAGAGUUGACAAUGUUACAUUCCCUGUUCAUUUAGAGUUUGUUAAAUAUGGCACCAGAGGUUCUGGUAAAGAUAGAAGCGGUGCCUAUUUAUUUCUGCCAGACAAGCAAGAUCCAGAUUUGAUAUUUAUGGAUAAUAAGCACAUUAUUCAUUUAGUAACAGGUCCUAUUUUAUCAAAAGUUUUUGUAGAAUUACCAUAUGUGCGUCAUACUUGCAUACUAUAUAAUUCACCUGGUAGUGAUGGUGUCGGAUUACAUAUAUUGAAUGAAGUUGAUAUAACAGAAACACAAAAUUAUGAACUUGCAAUGAGAUUAAACACUGAUAUUAUGUCUGGAGAUCAGUUUUUUACUGAUUUAAAUGGUCUUGGUAUAAUUAGACGCCAAAGAUUUCCUAAAUUACCUACACAAGCAAAUUAUUACCCAAUGGCUGCAAAUGCAUACAUUGAAGAUAAGCAUAAAAGAUUAACUGUUAUAACAGCACAACCAUUAGGGGUUGCUUCUAUGGCAUCAGGACAAAUAGAGAUUAUGCAAGAUCGAAGACUGCUUCAAGAUGAUAACAGAGGAUUAGGUCAAGGUGUAACAGACAAUUUAGUAACUAAUCACUUAUUUACGUUAGUAUUUGAAAAAAAGAGAUUAAACUGUCCUGCAUCAUCAUCCAGUGGUCAUCCUGCAGGUCUGUUAUCUGUGGCUGCACAUUUAGCUUCAGAAGAACUAUUGUAUCCGGUAAUAGCAAUGCAUCCUCAUAAUACAUUGCCAUAUAAUUUGCAAGCACACUUUUCUCCACUGCGUUAUGAUCUUCCCAUAAAUUUAAACGUUAUUAGUUUAAGAGUAUUGUCUGUUCCUGAAGGAGCUGGCAAAGGUAUUGGUAUGGUUCUACAUCGAACAGCAUUAGAUAUUUGUUGGGGAUCAGAGGCUUAUUUGCAACAAUUUAAUAUCUCCAAUUCGGGAAAAAUCGAUGUAUCAUUCCUAAACUAUUUGAAAGAUAUGACAAUUAGUAAAGCUCCUCUUACAUUUUAUGAUGUUGGCUCAUUUCUUAAAUCAUCGAUUGUUACUUUAUGUCCGAACGAAAUAUUAUCUAUUUUAUUUCAUAAAACACAAUAUUAAGAUGAAAGCAUAUUUAUUGUAGAAAAUGUUUUCACGAGGCAGGAAUUAAAACCUGUUUACUUAAAAUAAUAUAAUCUUUCUUCUCUGACUCCAGCGGGCUAGUGUUGUCCAGUUUGAAACUACAAAAAAAUGAUUGAAGAUGUAUAUCAACAAUUUUUUAUAAACUUAUAUGCUUAUCAUAUAAAGUUAUCUAAUAAGGAAGAAAAUUUUAAUUAUAAGGCUGAUACAUCUUUGAGCAAAAGUAUAGGUAGAUAUUUAUAAUUAAUAGACAUUAAAUUAAUUAAUGAAAUAUUUGUACAAUUAUACUUAAAACAAGCUUUUCAAAGUACAAUUAUUUUGUACUCAGCAUUAAAAAUAGAGUUUAACUUAAUUUAAGAAAUAGAUUAAAUAAUUGAAUAAUUAUUAUAUUAUAUAAUUUAAUAAGCUUAAGUCUACCUCAAGCUUUGUAUUGUAAGAUAUAUUUAAAAUAAUAUUUGUGAUUUUAGUUCAUAUCUUUCCUUUGUAUUUUAUUUAUAGAAGACUUGAUAAAUAAUAAAUAAAAUAAGUAAUAUAUAGUUAAAA